ACCGAACAGCUCUUCAGUCAUAUUUUCGCAAGAUACGCAGUGGCAAGUAUGUUAUGAAGAGCUGGAGGAAAAUUGCAGGAGUAAAAGCAAUCGAUAAAAUUCAUUAUUUUGUAAAUAUACUUCCGAUGGACUAAUUUUUGAUGGAUAUUUGUUCCAGAUAGGUAUAAGUGAUUUUCCCCGACGAAACUGUUACGAGUAAUUGAAAAUAGUUCUUAUUGUCGGGUGAAACUUGUGUGUAUUGCUAAAUGUUUUUGGUCAUUCGAAAGGCUACGGCGACACGCCAACCACGUAGUUUUCAACCCGUGUGGCACCCGUACUUUGUGGAAUGCAAAAGAAUUUGUGCUUGAAUGCUAGAAACUACGUGAAGAAUCAGUACACAUCGUCCCGCAACGUUCACCGAGUAGUGAGAGGAUAUUUUCUGUUUCAUUGUAUUAUUUUCCAAUGCGAAAGUGGUUUGCGCAGUGGUAGAAAUCUGAAGCAUAAGUUUUGACCAGCGUCGUAUCAAGGUAUAUGGCAACUCCCAGCAGAAAAUGUAAAUUAAUCCAGCUCUCUCUCUGGUGAUGUACAGAGCAAAGUGCGCGAAUAUGUGUAAUCAUACGUAGAUGGAAUGGAAAGCCAGAUAGCUAAAGUGAAAAAGUGAUUGCAAGAGAUAGAUAGGUGUUGGAGGAAGCAAGACUUGGAUUGAACAAGUUCGUACGCAUACGUAUUCUUUGCUUCCGAGCCGCUGAAGUGUACGACAUUAUAGUUACUCGAUACGAGAUAAGAAGCGAUAACACGAGCAAACGAAAUAGACUGCGGCGAUGACGAUAAGUUUACUGAUAGCAACUUGAGGUAUACUGUUUAGUUUGAUUAUUUUCAAAAUUACCACAAGCUUCUAAAUUCAAGUGAAGCCAUCCUCCAGUAAAAAUAUCACUCACCCGCAACUGGGUGUGCGGUUGCCAGUAUGGCCACCUCACCAACAUCGACUAACACCUCUAACUCGGUCUCGCUGCACCGACAGUCGAGCAAGAAUGCCGAUUCGAUUUCCCUCUGUUCGACCACUAGUGCCUUCUCGACGUGUCCCGAUCGGCAUGGUUUUUACGGCGGCAGUCAGUUCUCCGAGAAGCCUGCAAAGGAAACGCUUACCCGGGAACAGAUAGUUGCGCGCGAGAAAAAAUGGUUGCACAUGACCAACCACUGGCAGGAGUAUAUGAACAAAAACUACAAAAAGCUCCGCGAGCGAUGCCGCAAGGGCAUUCCCCAGGCGGUGCGUCCUCGAGCGUGGUUUUAUCUAACCGGUGCAUAUCAGUUACACCAAAAAUAUCCCGAUCGGUACAAGGAGCUCCUCCAGCAACCUGGUAAUCCUCAGGUCAUAGAGGAAAUCAAGAAAGACCAGCACCGGCAGUUUCCCCACCACGAGAUGUUCAUCGACGAGGAGAAACCCGGUCAGAAGGAGCUGUUCAACGUGUUGAAGGCAUAUUCGAUACACAAUCCCAAAGUAGGUUACUGCCAGGCUCAGGCCCCAAUCGCUGCCUUCCUACUAAUGCAUUUGCCGAGCGAGCAAGCCUUUUGGUGCUUUGUUACUAUUUGCGAUAAGUAUCUGAAAGACUAUUUCACUCCCGGAUUAGAGAUGCUGCAGCGAGACGCCGGCAUGCUGAAUGGACUGCUUAAGAAAACCUCCCCCUCGGUGUAUAGGCACCUACAGAAACACAAAGUCGAUCCGUUGCUCUACAUGACCGAUUGGUUCCUUUGUGCCCUGACUCGCACGCUACCCUGGGAUACACUGCUGCGAGUGUGGGACUGCUUUCUCUGCGAGGGCAUAAAAAUUCUGUUCAAGGUCGCUCUGGUCAUCCUCGGUGCCAGUCUCAACUCACACAAGGUACGCAAGCAGGCGAACGGACUGUGCGAAACACUCGAGGUGCUGCGAUCUCCACCGAAAAAGUACAUCGAGGCGGACUUCAUCAUGCAUCACAUUUUCCGACUGAACAUCACCGUCGAAGAUUUCAUCCACGAGCACAAGAAGCAGGAAAUGCUGCACCGCAAGGCGAAGGUUUCAUAGAAGCGGACAAUACCGGCGGUGGAGGAUCCUCAGGGCCACGACAGGUGAUGGUGAUGGUCUAGGAGUAGCCAGUACCGUGCCUUCCACUCUAGUCUUUCCACGGUGGGAGUGAUGUUUGGGACCGUUCCAAUUGUUGCAGUGUGUCAAGAUAGAGCCUGGAGGACUCUCGAAACUAGUUGUGUAGGAUUAGUUUCUGCGUUUAUGUUUCUAGGAUUACGCUUUCGUGUUGUACGAUUACAGAAGCAUUUUCUGUAUGUUGAAAUUCUCAUUUAAAAUUUAAUCGAGAAUGUUAUAACAUUAUUGAGGAACGCUGGGAAUGCUAGCUUACCUUACUUCUACAGUUCAUUUGGAAAUUUGGUUGGAGCACCAUCUUGAAAAUUCUAGUUUUCUGACUAAAAUUUAGAUUCUUUUGUACGGAUAUGUUAGCUAGCAAAAAUAUAACUACGCUCAUGUUUAACCAUUUGUUAUAGCCCUAAUAUUACAACAAGCUUAGUUACCAGAACCUCUGUUAAAAGAUUUCAAAAAUAUUUUCUGAAAAAAUACUGUUGUUUGGAUUAUCCAUUUUUUGUUAAUGGAAGCAUAUCUUUUAAGUUACGUAAAAGUUUCAAGAAUUGCUUAAUCACUAACUAUUCAACCCGUCGUAGAAAAUUUUGUCAUGCUAUUGGAUCUUCGGUACGAUCAUAAUGCUGACUGUAUCAAAUUUAUUUUCGCGUUAUUCGUUAAAUUGCAAAACUAACCAUUUUCAAUAUGUUCGUUAACCCAGUUGUAUCUCAUUCGUCAUUGUUAACAACGAGCGCCUGAGAGAGGAAAAAGUAUGUCAGUCGUUUAAUCAGUGCUAAAUUUAUCCUUUCUUAUUGAGGAUUUGGAACAGCGAAAACUAUUUCAAUUCGAUGCAUUUCGGGACGCAAAUUUCUUUCUAGAGAUCUAUUUAUAAGUGUUAAAAGAACUAACAAAGAGAACAGAAUCAAACACUGCAACAGCGUAAAACAUACAGUACAACUUUUACUAAAUUACGAAACGUAGCGAGAGAAUAUAACGGAAGAAAAUAAAACUAUGUUGAGUAGAGUGCAAUUCCACUAUUAGAAAGGUUUGAUCAAUGGUUAUUUUUAAAGCAUUUCGAAGAAUACCCCAACCGUUUCAUUCCAUUCGUGUAACAAUAUCAGUUGAAGAACAAACUACCCUAUAAUUUGUAAUACACGGUCAAAUGAUAAUUACAAUUAUGUCAGAAGCAUCUAAUCUAAAUGAACCACCAAAAAAAAACAAAUUAAAAGUUGAUCGUGUGGAAGCGAACUGGUAUUAAUAACACGCAGAGAAUGGAUAAUCGCCUCCAGACGGGAUUCGAUAUCUUUUGCGCUCUACUAAUUAUCCCACGAAAGUGUGAACCUAAUGCAUUGUGGUCGAGCAGCUGUAGAGCGAAAGGAAGUUAAUCGUUCAUCUCAAUAAUUGGACGAUCACCAUUACGAAUGAUGAGUGUUGUCAAUUAGGUUCGAGAUGUUGUCUAAAUUAUCGCCCAAUGGCCGUUCAUUUGUUAAUUUAUGGAUUUUUGCGUUAUAUGUGUAAGCACGAUGAGCUGCUCUAGGAGGCCAAUAUAGAACAUUUAGCUAGUUACUUUAACCCGAGCGUUUCGUUUGGGUGUUUAAAAAACUAAUUUAAGCAAAUUUCAGUGUGCAAUUUUGUUUCGUGCAAGAGUCGAAAGUAAAACGCUAGCAGAAUACUUUAAUAAAUAUUGCAUAAUUGUAUUUUGACUUUGUCUCAUAGAGGAAAUGUAGUUCAAAUCUUGAGAAGUAAUAUAUGUUAUUAAACUUAGUGCGUAAAUGAUUAAUAUUUGCAACCAGAAGCAGUACUGUUAGUCUAUUAAUCACAAUGGCAGUUAUAUAUAGUUGUCACUUUUUAUACACCCAAUAUUUCGAUUAUUUAUUAUUAUUCUAAAAACACAUAUCUAUUUCAAAAUAAAGUUUCCGCAAAAUAACAAA